AUGUGGAGCAUUCAAAGUCUGCUGUUCAUCUUCUGCAUUUCUCUGAGAUGUGUGACCAGUGCAGUGGGGAUGAUCAAUGUGACCGGAUAUGUGGGGAGAGAGGUUAAUGUCUCCUGCUCUUAUGAUCAGAGUUAUGAAUCUCAUGAGAAGUACCUAUGUAAGAAUGGCUGUGGCAGCAGUGAUGUUCUCAUUACAAGCAAAUCAAAAGCAAGCAAAACCAAAUACUCAAUUUAUGAUGACAACAGUGCACGAAUCUUCACAACAACUAUCUUUGAUCUUCAAUCUACGGAUGCUGGAAAAUACUGGUGUGGGGUGACCAGAACUGGAAAAGAUAUCUACACUGAAGUCAAGCUGAAAUUAGUACAAGACAGAUGCUGUGACACUGUGACCAAAGUUCAAAGUUAUGAGGGAUACUCUGAGUCCAUCAGUUGUCGGUAUGAGUCUCAGUAUCAGAACAGCCUGAAGUACAUCUGCAGAGGAAAUCAGCCCUCCACAUGUCUGCAGCAGGCACUAAUCACCUCUGACAACAAACAAAAUGCACGAUUCAGACUUGAUGAUGACAAAGUGUUAGGAACAUUCACAGUGAACAUUAACAGUUUGACUCGUAAUGAUUCAGGGUCAUACCUCUGUGGUGUCCACAGAAACUCUGAGCUGGAUGUUUUCUCUGCUGUUGAGCUGGAAGUUGAAGAGUGGUGCUGUGUCAAAUCAACUAAAAUAAAUUGUACUGCAGGAAAUCCACUAACUCUGCAGUGUCCUUAUCCUCCACAACACUGGGAUAACAGGAAGUUCCUCUGUAAGGGAGACCACCGCAACAAUUGCUCGGACAUGGUGACGAGUCGAAGCAGGUUCACACUGCAAAAUGAUGUUGCUUCCAGCUCUUUCACAGUGAGGAUCACAGAACUGGAAGCAGCUGAUGCUGGGACAUACUGGUGUGGGUCACACUCACAGUGGAGAGUUGGAAACUACACCAAGAUUGAGCUGUCAGUCUUUUUGCAGCACACCAGAAAAAUCCCAGAUGCAGCACUCUAUGUAGUUUACACUGUACCUCCUAUCCUGCUACUGAUGUGUCUCCUAGUUACAGUUUAUAAGAACAGAUGCUCAAGAGUUAAUGAAGCCGAUGACACCAUGAGCAGAAAUACACCCAAGGAAAAAAACAUAGAGGAAGUGAUGGGGGCUGCAGAAAGUGGAGGAGGAACCGCUCCUGGAUAUAUUGGCAGGACUCAGGAGGCCAAGCUGAAGAGAACCACCUUACGCCGUAAUAACCCCCAAAAUGGCAGAAAGGGCGGCAUCUAUGUAGAGCUGAAUGUUGUCAGGGUGGGACAGCUGAUCAUCGUAAAAGAAAGUAAUGUCGUUCCAGUUAGCAAGCAGAAGUUGCCAGAGUCGCAGUUUGGCUUUGGAAGAGCUAUCCAGCGAGAUGGAGUCAAGGAGUGA